UCUGCUAACACCCUACUCCACUGUCGGAGGGAAAAUAUUUCUACCAACAAAUUUCUACCAAAAUUUCCACAAAAACCUUAAAACGUUUCGGUUUCAGCACAACAAGAUUGUGUCAGCUUUCAGCAUAUCACUUAUAUCAUGAGUUAAAAUUUUAACAAAAUGCCUCCAAAAUUUAUGCCAAAAGAAUGGAUGAAGACGCUGACAAACAUCAGGGAAAUGCGAAAACUCGAGGUCGCACCAGUGGAUAGCAUGGGUUGCGACCAGUGCCAGGAUGAAGAGCAACCUGCAGAGAUUCAAAGGUAUCAAAUUUUGCUGUCGUUGAUGUUGUCCAGUCAAACCAAGGACCAGGUCACUCACGCCGCAAUGACUAAACUGCGCGCCCACGGCUGCACCAUUGAGAGCAUUUUAGCCACGCAUGACACCCUCCUGGGGGAAUUGAUUUACCCUGUCAGCUUCUGGAAGACAAAAGUCCGGCACAUCAAAGCAACGACAGCUGUCCUUGCCGAAAAGUACAACGGAGACAUUCCGAAUACAGUGAAGGAUUUGUGCUCACUGCCUGGAGUUGGCCCAAAAAUGGCUCAUCUGUGUAUGAAUAUUGGAUGGGGAAUUGUCACUGGCAUUGGAGUUGACACACAUGUCCAUCGAAUCUCAAAUCGCCUGGGUUGGGUGAAAAGCAAAAAUCCAGAGGACACAAGGAAGCAGCUUGAAGACUGGUUACCUCAGGAGCUGUGGGAUGAAGUGAAUCACCUCCUUGUUGGAUUCGGACAAACAAUUUGCAGGCCAGUCAAUCCUCGAUGUGGCGAAUGCCUCAACAAAGACACUUGUCCAGCAGCCUUCAAAGAAGUGAAAAAGUCUCCAGUUAAGAAAAAGGGUGAAUCUCAGAACUCCGAGGCAAAGCCUAAAGUGAAGAAGAUCGGGGAAGCGACGACCUCCAAAUAUUUUGCCAACAUCAAAACUGAGCCUGUGGAAGGAGACAUUGAGGAAAAUUUGAAGAAGAUAAAAAAGCUAAAAAAAGUUGUUAAACAAGAACCUGUUCUGGAAGCACCUCAAAUAGAAGCUAUUCUCAUCAAAAAAGAAGAGCCAGAGGGAAUCACCCCGACUGGAAGAGUAACUCGGAGCAGAUCAUCGAAAAAAUAACUUGAAAUGUUUGAACCUCUCCUGCAUUUUCAUACUUUCAAAAAGUAUUUUUCAGUACAAAAGAAAAUAGAUUAAUGCCAAUAUAUUAGAUAAGACAAAUGAAAAAAUAAAUGCCACUCUUUUAAAGAGAAA